AGUAAACAAGAAUUCCAAAAACCUCUUUUACUUUCCCCGUUAGUGAUCAUCACCCACACCGCUGCCGUCUGUUUCCUACCAGCAGCACGUGCAGUGAAUUAAUGCGCGAGGAGGGAGAAAAAUCUUAAAUCAGAGAUCACGUGGUGGCCACCGGUGCAGGGCAGGUAGCCAAAGGUGCAGCAUUUACGCAGCGUCCCACUGUGAGGGCAGGGCGCAUAUUCCGAGGGAGGAUUUAUGACUUAAUUGAUUUGCAGUAUGUCACUUGAACGUGAAGCCCGCUUCUCCUCCCUGACGCGCAGCUCGGGUGCAGUUGGCUUUCUCUGCGUGCCGUGGGGAUCUCCGUCCGCAGAGGCAGCAGUGGCACGGUACUGGUCUGUGAGGAGCGUCUGAAUGGAGAAACUUGGCAUUUGGGUUCUGCUGCGUCCUACUCGCUGUGUUGGAUAGCUCAGGUUCGGAUCGAAACUUGCGGUGAAACUUUCUAUUAAAAUGAGGAUGCACCAGCCACACUGGGGAUUCAGUUGAACCAAGUGAUAUUCUUACACUGCCGGGGAUAAACGCAAACCGACCAACUAUGAACGUGCACUUGUGGAUAUUAAACUUUUUCCUCUGUUGGACUCCGGUUGAUGCACAGAUGGGGUUUGAUGGGCCUCUCUCUGCACAGGAGCAGAUGUACAUCCUGUAUGAAAUCAAAAUGCAGUGCUACCAGAACCUCUCCAACAUUGAACCAGGGACCACAGAUGAGGUGUGCCCCCCUGACUGGGACGGUCUUAUUUGUUGGCCCCAUGGCUCCCCUGGACUGGUUACCAAGGUUCCCUGCCCAUCUUACAUCUACGAUUUCAAUCACAAAGGACAUGCUUACAGAAAGUGUGAUGUCAACGGAUCCUGGGUAUUUGUAGACCAGUGGAACAAAACUUGGACCAACUACUCAGAGUGUCUACGUUUCCUUCAGCCCUUGAGUGACGAGGAAGCAAGACAAGACUUCUUUGAGCGGCUAUAUAUCAUGUAUACCAUUGGCUACGCUGUGUCCUUCAGCUCUCUGCUAGUGGCUAUCAUGAUUAUUGGAUACUUCAGGCGUCUUCACUGCACCAGGAACUACAUCCACAUGCAUCUCUUUGUUUCCUUCAUGCUACGGGCAGUCAGCAUUUUUGUGAAGGACAAGGUUGUCCACUCCAGUGCUGGAUUGCAGGACUUGGACUCUGCUCUGCUGGACAACUUAAAAACCGUUAGCAUAGCAUCACUUGACAAGUCUCAGUAUAUUGGCUGCAAGGUGACGGUGUUGCUCUUCAUCUAUUUUCUGGCAACCAACUAUUACUGGAUCCUGGUAGAAGGACUCUACCUCCACAGUCUCAUCUUCAUGGCUUUCCGAUCAGAUUCCAAAUACCUCUGGGGCUUCACGCUCAUCGGAUGGGGUGUUCCAGCAGUUUUUGUGGCAGUGUGGGCGAUUGUCAGGGCAAUGCUCGCAGAUGCAAGGUGCUGGGAGUUAAGUGCCGGUAAUGUUAAGUGGAUCUACCAAGUUCCCAUCUUGACAGCGAUUGGGCUCAACUUUGUUUUGUUUGUGAACAUCGUGCGAGUGCUGGCCACUAAAAUUCGAGAGACAAACGCAGGGAGAUAUGACACCAGGAAACAGUACAGAAAACUGGCAAAAUCCACCCUGGUGCUGGUGCUAGUGUUUGGGAUCCACUACAUCGUCUUUGUUGGAAUGCCUCAUACAUUUGAGGGAACAAGCUGGGAGAUCCGCAUGUACUGUGAGCUGUUCUUCAACUCAUUUCAGGGCUUCUUUGUGUCCAUUAUCUAUUGCUACUGCAAUGGAGAGGUUCAGACAGAGAUAAAGAAAACGUGGACACGCUGGAAUCUGGCCUUUGAGUGGGAGGGCCCGGUGGUCUGCGGCCGCUACCGUUACGGCUCUGUGGUUGUCGGUAUUAACAACAACAGCACAAGCAGCCAGUCCCACCUGGCAGGCGGUGGGCUUUCUACACGCUCCACCACGCUUGUUUCCAACCGUGUGUCUCGAAGCUCAGGUGCACCUGUGAUCAGCAUGCACGCCACGCUUCCAGGGUACGUCAUCAGUAACUCUGAUCCGUCCAUACCUGAAGAAGCUGAGGACAGUGGCCCCAAGCAGGUGGACGAUAUCUCGCUGAAGGAAAAUCUGCCUGUUCUAAACACAAGUGCAGCAGCCGAUGAUGAGGAAGAAACACUGUAGCAGUUGUCUAUAGACAUAGGAGGCUGUAGAGACAGAGGGGUAAAUAUGCACAUUGAGCUGUGCAAGCCCAUUACAGCCUUGUGUAAUUCAAACUCUGAAGAGGGAAGCAAAGGGAACUCAAAAGUGUGUGAACAACAAAUGUUAAAAUAUCUUCAACCUCCGUACGGAAAAGAACUUAAAUACAAAUACGGUGAAUUGUGAAUAUGAAGUUGAAUGUCAGAUAAUGACCACACUCUUGACAGUGCCGCUAGAAGUCACCAGUGAAAAAAUAAAAAAUAUCAAAGCUGAGCUAUAGUUAGACAAAGGCUCCUGAGCUUGAAAGCAGACUGUAAUUUUGUUGGGUUUCUCAACCUCCACACCUCAUACUACAGUCUGCAUUUGCAUUGAAGGCUGCUGAAGUCUGAUGGAGGAGACAAUUUGCAUGUGUCAGCAGUUGUUGGGAAGUCAGCUGUUUACAUAGACAAUGGUUUUUCAUAUAUGAUACAGAGAUGAGAAGCUUUUGCAGAUGUCUGUAUAAUUUAUAAAAGGACUGAAAUUAUAGACUCAACAAAAUACCCCUUACGUUUCUCAGGGAGGGCAACACCAUAGUGCCCUCAAGUGUCCAGCAGGCAGUGGAGGGCGCUGGUUAAGGUUCACUUAAAUAGUAAAAAUAUGCUGUUGCACACACACUACCAGUCAAAAGUUUAGACAGACCUUCUCAUUCAAUGAUUUUUUAAUUUAAUUAUUUUAUACAUUGUAGCCUAAUACUGAAGGCAUCAAAACUAUAAAAGAAUACAUAUGGAGCUAUGUUGUAAACAAAAAAGUGUUAAUCUUCAGUGGUAAUCUACAAUGUAGAAAAUAAUAGAAAAAAAUAAAAAGGAGUGAAUGAUAAGGUGUGUCCAAACUUUUGACUGGUAGUGUAUCUCAGUGGUGGUACAGAAAUUAUUUCAGCAUUUCUGUACACAGUGAUCUUCUUGCUGUCCUUUGAUUGUAUGAAACAUUUGAUGCACAUCUGAGGAUAAUGAUAAGCUACAGUAGUAACAAGCACAGUAGUAAAAAGCACAAAGAGCACUUGACAAAUACACAUCAGAAAUACCUGGUAAGAAAACAGUGACAGCACCAUCAGAAAGACAGCAGACACUUGACAAACCUUUGUUCUGGCAAACAAGUGCUUACUAAAUGUGUGCUGUGUCAUUUUCUCCACGUAGCUUCAAGCUCCAUGCAAUAAACAAUGGGCUGUUUUUUUCUGCAGUGGAUAAACAACAUCACUAAAAUGCAGUUUUUAUGUGUUUUGGAAAAGUAGUUGUGCGCAGACAACCAAUUGCAGGCAGUGUAAUUUCUGUAGCUACAAUCGGCAGAUGUGUGCACAGAAUCCUUUCCUGUAUUUUUCAUCUUUAAAUUUGCUACAUUUUUUUUGUCAUCUACCUCAGAUUAAUACAUAUCAAAACACAGUGUUUAAUGUGGUUGAGCAAAAUUUUUAGCAGUAAUUUUAUUGACGAGUGUAAUCUCUGCAACCUGGAGUUCCAUGGAAACACAAGCACUUUCAAUCAGUUUGAAAAAUCUGUUUCCCCACAAUAACCUGUAGAAUGUUGACUGAACAGCUGCAGUCAUCACAGCAGGAAUGAUGAACAAGUCUGGAAAUCCAUCAAACCUGCGCAUCAUCUUUUAUUAAGAACAAAAAAGUGGAAAGUUUGUGUUGUGUCAAGAAAGUUACUGCAGUGAGCUGUACAUUUUGUCACUUCCAAUCUUCUUCAUAAUUAUCUUCAGUUGUAGCUUAUACGCAUGAAAGCAUCGCCAUGUAAUCAGUGACACCAUGAAAUGAUCUGACCUACGUGCCCUGAACAAGUAAAACAAAUUACUUUAAGUGAAUGUAGAAGAACAGGGAUGGAGGACGAAAAAUACACCUUGUAAAAGCAGAAACACUCCUCACUGUUUUUAGUAAAUUGAGUUCAUUUGAAUUAUGUUUUGUUCAGAACCAGUUCGGGAGAUUGCAGAUGACUUACACCUCUCCAACAUCUUGCUUAUUUUGCACACAGCAGCAAAGAAACCUUCAAUAAUAGGCUGACAUUUAGUAGCAAGUGAAAACAGACAGACUCCCUACAGAGUCUGUAGUCCUCUUACUAAUAGCCACAACAUUAAAACCACUGACAGGUGAAGUAAACAACAUGAAUUUUUUUUUUUACAAUGUCCUGCUGGGAAAUCUUGGGUCCUGCCAUUCAUGUGGAUAUAACUUUGUCACAUAUUACACAAAACUAACAUCAUAACAGACUAACCAUGUCCCUUUGGCAAUGGUAUUCCACGCAAAAACUGCUCAGGAAUGGCUCGAGAGACACGACCAAGAGCUCACGGUAUUGAUCUGACCUCCCAGCUCCCCACAUCUAAAUCUGAUCAAGAGUCGAUGAAUUAUGUUUGUUUUGUCGUUUCUUACUUUAGAAUAGUGUUACUUUUUAACCAGCAACUAAGGAAAAGGUGGUUUUACCUUGCUGACUUGUUUCAACCGUGUCUGCACUCUUUCUCAGAGUGUCAUCUGACGGCCCCCUGCCGUCCAAUGGCCUCUGGAGGAUGGAGUCCCAGGUGUGCGAGAGGGUGUUGGCCCACUCGCCACGGUUCAUGGAAGUGUUCACCUGCUUCCUGACCUCUAUGGCCUCCUUAAUCCACCAUUUGUAUUUGUUAGCCUCAGAUGUUACGAUCCUCCCCUUGUCCCAGUCCAUAAUGUGGUUAUUUCUUUUGCAGUGGUCCGUGAUGGCUGAUUUUGAGUUUUCUUGAACAACAAAAAGUAAAGUUGGGUAAAAAGUAAGGCUAAUCUGUAAUAAUCUGUAAGGCUAAUAUGUGCUAAACCACAAGAUCAACCAGUAACACACACCACAGGCAACCCUUGGAGUGUAUUUAGCUUCUCUUCCCACAUUAUGUUUGCUGUACCUGGUUAGUGCCAACACCCGAACUGUUACCUAACCUGCAAAUUGUCACACAGUCAAAUGUAAAGAUUUUACUUGUGUUUUCCUUGUAUUCUAGGAGAAUAGAGCCCAUUGUGACUUUUAGCCAUCUACAAGAGUUUCUCAUUCAUCUGUUGGCUUAAUUGCAUUUACAGAAGAUGGCAAUUUAGAAUAUGUUAUUUAUCCUGAUGAUGAAUGCUCUUCAUGGAUAAACUGAAUGUCAUGGUGAACUAAUGUGCUUUUAUGUCCAGUCAGCCUACUUUGAAAAAAAAAAAAAAAUACAAAAUCUUGUAUUUUGUGAGGAGAAACUGAAGAGAAACAAAAACAACAUGUGUGCAGAAUUAUUUUUGUCACGUAAAAAUGAAGUUGCGACUGAGUGCAGAUUGAAUGCACAGUUUUCUGUGCACCACUCGCUGUGUUUCCUGCUUGUAAGGGAUUGACACAUUCAGUAGCACAUACGGUUUUUAUGAAAUGUGAAAAUCCAUGUGACAUUAAGUUUAUUUUUUACAAUCCGCUAUUGUUCUGACUGAAGCACUACAUUUGGUGGCUGCUUACCUGUUUUGUGUCUGCUUUGUGCAUGCAUGUGUGUCAGUGCAUUGAAUGCAAUGGUUGUCACAGAAAAAGUGCUUUUGUAUAUGUGCCUGUUCUGCUCCAGCUGAAGCUUUUAAAGCUCAGCUUGAAAGGAUUAUUUUAAGUCUUGUCUGUUCUCGUGCAGAACGCAUUUGGCUGGUUUUCUUUGUGAUACUUGCUCGUGUGUCUCUCUUUUGUUUUCUUUCUCCCUCCAUCAAGUCUCCUUCCUCUGUGUUGACUGCUAAUAAAGG